AUGACAUGUCAAGCUCGAAGUUCAUAUGUGGAACACGAGGUCCUCUGGGGAUAUCGUUUCAUGCCUGUGCUAACCUUGGAAGAAGGUUUUUAUGAAGUGGAUUAUGACACCUUUCAUAAUACCUAUGAAACGCCCACUCCCAGCUGCAGUGCCAAGGACCUAGCAGAACAAAAUGUAAAAGGUGAAAUCUUGCCGAUACAACCUGCCAACCACAAGGCCAACCAGACCAUGGAAGAUGACAUUGAGGAAGGGCAGGAAGAUGGCAUCACACCUGUGGUAGCUAAUGGGGACAUCAGUAAAAUAAAGAUAGCAAUGACUAAACAAAUAUAA